GUGUCGGCGCCCGCGGCUGAAGCCGCGCCCCCUGUCUCUGCCGCCAGCAUCGCCGCAGCGGCCACCGCCGUCGUAGCCCCAACCUCGACGGUCGCUGUGGCCCCAGUCGCCUCUGCCUUGGAGAAGAAGACAAAGAGCAAGGGGCCCUACAUCUGCGCCCUGUGCGCCAAGGAGUUCAAGAACGGCUACAACCUCCGGAGGCACGAGGCCAUCCACACGGGAGCCAAGGCCGGCCGGGUCCCCUCGGGUGCUAUGAAGAUGCCCACCAUGGUGCCCCUGAGCCUCCUGAGCGUGCCUCAGCUGAGCGGAGCCGGCGGGGGAGGGGGAGAAGCGGGCGCCGGUGGCGGGGCGGCCGCAGUGGCCGCCGGUGGCGUGGUGACCACCACCGCCUCGGGAAAGCGCAUCCGGAAGAACCACGCCUGCGAGAUGUGCGGCAAGGCCUUCCGCGACGUCUACCACCUGAACCGACACAAGCUGUCGCACUCGGACGAGAAGCCCUACCAGUGCCCGGUGUGCCAGCAGCGCUUCAAGCGCAAGGACCGCAUGAGCUACCACGUGCGCUCACAUGACGGCGCUGUGCACAAGCCCUACAACUGCUCCCACUGUGGCAAGAGCUUCUCCCGGCCGGAUCACCUCAACAGUCACGUCAGACAAGUGCACUCAACAGAACGGCCCUUCAAAUGUGAGAAAUGUGAGGCAGCUUUUGCUACGAAGGACCGACUGCGGGCGCACACAGUACGACACGAGGAGAAAGUGCCAUGUCAUGUGUGUGGCAAGAUGCUGAGCUCAGCUUAUAUCUCGGACCACAUGAAGGUGCACAGCCAGGGCCCUCACCAUGUCUGUGAGCUCUGCAACAAAGGCUUCACCACGGCAGCAUACCUGCGCAUCCACGCGGUGAAGGACCAUGGGCUCCAGGCCCCGCGGGCUGACCGCAUCCUGUGCAAGCUGUGCAGCGUGCACUGCAAGACCCCUGCCCAGCUGGCCGGCCACAUGCAGACCCAUCUGGGGGGGGCCGCCCCCCCUAUCCCAGGAGACGCCCCCCAGCCACAGCCCACCUGCUGAGGGGGACCCCCGCACCCACCAGGUACUGGUGAGGUGUGUCCCAUGGCAGCAGCAGCGGCGGCAGCGGCAGCAGCAGCAGCAGCGGCGGCGGCAGCAGUGGCAGCCCCUCCCACAGCUGUGGGCUCCCUCUCUGGGGCUGAGGGGGUGCCCGUGAGCUCUCAGCCACUUCCCUCCCAGCCCUGGUGAGCUCCACGUUGGUGGAGGGCAGAGGGGAGAAUGGAGGAAAACCCUUGGUUACAUCUCCUCUUCCCGUCUCUGUUCCCACCAACUCCUCACUACUUCUCCCACCAACCAAGGAGCCUCCAGAAGGAAAGGAGGAAGAAAUGUUUUCUUAGGGGAAUUCACUAGAUUUUAAAAUUUUGUUUCUCCUGCUCCUCUCUUCUUCCUAUCAGACCUGAUCCCACAUACACCUGUCCCCUUGGUUGUGUUGAGCCCCCUGGACAGUGGGCAGGGGUAGCAGAGGACAGGAGCGGCCACUGCCCUCACCCCCUCUCCUCUCUGGACUCCUCUGCCCUGCCCUUCUGGGGAUUGUGAGCCUUUUCCCUCGAUGGUCCUUCUUGCUCUCCUUCCAGUUCCCUCCUACUGUCUGCUGCCCCUCCCUGGGGAGUUGGUGCUUUUUUUUAUUUUUAUUUUUAUUUUUUUCAGGGGGAGGGAGGAGAGGAAGGAGGGGAAAUCAAAGAUUCUGUCCCAGAGAGGGGAGAACACAAGACUCGAGAAGGGGCAAAAGCAGGGAAGGUAAAGGUACCUUCAUAAGAUGAGGUGGUUUGGGCUCAGGCCCCAAACAUCCUCCUACUUGAGACUGUCAGGGGAAAAAGACAAGGGGAGCAAAAGAAGGAGCCAUUAAGGCCAGAGGCAGGACAAGAGAUGGAAUCUUAAUGGGGCCAGGGUAAAUGGGGGGAUCCAGGGACAGAGGUGCUUCCUGGGGGUAGGGGGAAUGCAGCCGCAGUGUCUCCCCCUUUCCCUCUUCCACCCCAGCUCCAGCCCUGGCCUUUUCUUUUCAUCCCUCUUCCCCACGACAGAAGCUGUGGCCCUGGCCAUGUCAUCGUGUUCCUGUGUCCCCUGCAUGUUCCCCAACCUUCACCCCCCUCCUCUUGCGCGGACCCCAUUACAAUAAAUUUUAAAUAAAAACCUG